CACAGACCAGAGCUGACCGGAGACAAAGGGAGUGGGCGCUCAUUGGCUCUGGCCGUGUGCGCUCUGUUGUUCCCCGGCGAGAGCAGCUCAGCUCCUAUUCAUAUGUUAAUAAGCCCCUAUAAAUACUAACAACAGCCACUCAACGCCCGCAGCACUUCUCAUUUGGAUUGCACAAUAAACAAGGAGCGCCUCGCCUGCUUGUUUAUCGAUUUUUUUCUUCCUGUAACUUGGACCCUUUGCCAGCUGUCCUUCGCGAGGAGGAAACAGCAGCAGAGGGAGAAGCCACAGCAGCGCCGAACUACAUACAUGGCUCCCUCGGCUCGGUCCAGCAACAGCGGACUUGGGAUGGAAGAAGAUGAGUCCUACUAUGGAAUUCAGAAAGCGGACAGAAAGUCUAGAAAACCUCUGGUGGAGAAGAAGAGGCGAGCUCGUAUCAAUGAGAGUUUGCAGGAGCUGCGGACUUUACUGGCAGACACAGACUUUCAUUCCAAGAUGGAGAAUGCAGAGGUGCUCGAGUUUACGGUGAAAAAGGUGGAGGACAUCCUGAAGAACCGAGCUCAAGAAACCGACACAUUCAACCAAGAAGCCAGUGAGAGGUUUACAGCUGGCUACAUCCAGUGCAUGCACGAGGUCCACAUGUUUGUGUCCACCUGUCCUGGCAUCGAUGCCACGGUGGCGGCCGAGCUCCUCAACCACCUACUGGAGUGUAUGCCCCUGAACGGGGACCGGCUCCAGGACAUGCUGAUGGAUCUAAUCACAGACACUUCUGGGAGCAAUGGCAGCACUUGGCAUGGAGGCAAUGAGGCGUUCUGCACGCCUCUGGCUUCCCCGGGAGGCAGGAGUCUAUCGAGCGGCCUGUCCUUGGCCCUCUCCCCGGCCCUGUCCAUCACGUCCAGUGAGGACCUGUGCUCUGACCUGGAUGAUACCGACAGCGAGCACAACCAGAGCUCCACAGAGCCUGUGGAGAACAGAGAGGCUCUGAGCGUGCCUUCCGUGACCUAUCCUCAGCCUAUGUGGAGACCCUGGUAGAGGGCUGGAUGGGAUACAUUUGGGAUCCAUUGAGGCAGAUGUAACACUGGGCCACUGACUGAAUAUAUAUUAGGGAAAACUCCACCCUACAUACACCCUAUGAACACUUUUAAAACUAGCCAUUUUUGGUGGUGUACUUUGCAUGACUGGACUCAGUUACCCCUGUAGAUAACUGGCCACAUUGCACCCAAGUGCAGUAAUUAUUUGUUUGUUUGUUUAAUUUGUUCUAUAAGAGACAAGAGAAACCAGCUACUGUUCUGACAGUAGCCUCAGCUGAGUAAAACGGAGCACAACCACAGAUCUUCUUACACUGGAGAAGGGACCAUGACUGUGGCUAUUCUCUUUACAAAUGAAUGCAGCAAUUUUAUGGGUUUCCAUUGGCAUUCUGGGAAAUGUAGGACAUCACUUAGUGAAGUAGAAAUAGACAUUCUAAGUGCUUUGGAUAUCACAGAAAAAAAAUACUGUAUUGCUGUUAAAGGGUGGAGUUGUUCUUUAUGUCAUCAGAGGCAUCCUUAAGCUGGGGGCCUCCUGAAAGUACUCCUUCAUUUUCCCAGUAGUGAACCCCCUGUCUUUAAGUCCUCUGCUGUGACUUUUUGUUACAUCUAAAGAAAGCCUCCCUCUCAACACAUUUAUAACUGAACUAUAGGCAGAAAACGAAUGGUUCACACUUCUUUUGUCAGCAACACUGUGUAUAUAUUUGUAUGAGGAGAAAAGCUCUUUUAGAAGUUUGACAGUGCCUCUUAUUAAUAUAAAUAUUUCUAUUGCAUUUCAAAAAGGCCUGUAGUUUACUGGACCGGUAGCCUCCAUCAGAAUUACCACUUUAUGAUGUUUAGAAAUGU